AAAAUGAUACAUUUAUGGUGGUAUAACAAAAAGAGAUGUCAUUAAGUAUAGCUACUACAUAUUAAGAUCUUUUACACUCACUUGAUUCAAUGCUUUUAAAACUUUGUCCAUCAUGGAACAUUUUCCUCACUUGUCCACCAAAGCAGUGGUGACAAACUGAGAGAUACUGCUAUGGUAGUACGCCGACGACAGUGUAACUGUGUUUCACGAUGGCGAUGAAUUGAUUUUUUUUUUUAAUUUAAAAAAUAUGUUACUUUUUUAAAGUUUUGAUCUGAUCUAUUGCAAUCUUUAAUUGCCAUGUGGUGAAUAUACAUAAAGGAACUGGGAGAAGCAAGUCAUGUGUGACAUGAUGUCAUCUCAGCCAAAUAUAGAAAAAGUUGCAAAAUUAUUGAAGACAACCUUGGAAAAAUAUGUGUCAGCUUUCUUUAAUAGGGUACCGUAACUAUUAAGUAAGGGUUUUGCUAACAUGCGUACCAAAAUUAAAAAAAUUACAUUAAGAAAAGUAAACUUUAAAUCUUUUAAAAGUUAAAUACAUGACUUUUAAGAAGAAAUAUGUCUAAAAUGAGAUUCUAAAGAGUGGAGAUUCUUUUUAGUCCCUCACAAUUUUUUGACGGCCCAAUUUAGUUAUCACAAAAAUAAAACUCAAAAUAGUUUCUGACAUUUUCAUAUUGGGGACAAACUAAUCCCUGGUUCGUUAUAGAGGGAAUAAUUUGUCUUCCAUAUAAAAAUGUCAAGGAUUAAUUUUGCAUUUAUUUUUGCUUGGGAACAAUGAAAGCAAUGUGGGAACCAAAAUGGGGUCUGUUAAACAUGCACACAAAAAAUGUGAGCUUCUAGUUGCAUCAUCUCUACAGUUGAAUCAUUGAACACUCAAGUGUUGCCACUUUCUUCUGUAAGGUUUGGAGAAGGGAACAGUGGAAGCUAUGUUGGCCUUUUCUGUUCCUUCACUUCACAUCCCAGUAGCAAUUAAAACACAAACCCCAUUAAAAAAAUCAAUGUUCUUGAACUCACAAUUGCAUUCAAAACAUUCAUUAAGUAAUGGGAGCACUUCAAAAUUCAAGCUUUUCACUGCCUCAUCACCUUCACCGUUAACAGAGUCCAGUAGUAACCUUCCAUGGGAUGAAUCAGAAGUUGAAGCAGAUUCAGAGAAAUUUGACUGGUACUCACAGUGGUACGCUUUGAUGCCACUUUGUGAUCUUGACAAAAGAGCACCUCAUGCUAAGAAGGUGAUGGGAAUUGAUGUUGUUAUAUGGUGGGAUAGGAAUGAAGGUGAAUGGAAAGUUUUUGAUGAUGCUUGUCCUCAUAGAUUGGCACCUUUGUCUGAAGGAAGAAUUGAUCAAUGGGGUAGGUUGCAGUGUGUGUAUCAUGGUUGGUGUUUUAAUGGAUCAGGUGAUUGCAAAUUCAUUCCUCAGGCACCUCGUGACGGACCUCCAAUUCAUACGUCGAAAAAAGCAUGUGUAGCUGCUUACCCAAGCACAGUGCAGAAUGACAUUUUGUGGUUUUGGCCAAAUACUGAUCCUCAGUACAAAGAUAUUAUCACAAGGAAAACACCCCCAUUCAUGCCAGAAAUUGAUGAUCCAUCAUAUACUAGAGUAAUGGUAAACAGAGAUAUUCCUUAUGGGUAUGAGGUACUGAUUGAAAACCUCAUGGACCCUGCACAUGUUCCAUAUGCACACUAUGGAGUAAUGAACACUGCACAACCAAAAGAGAAAGAUGAUAGAGAAGGAGGAAGACCACUUGAAUUGUCAAUUGAAGAGUUAGAUGUCAAUGGUUUCACAGCAACUCAGGGUUGGAGUAAAAGCAUAUUUAUGCCACCAAGCAUCUUUUACAAUGUGUUUACAUCAAACAACACUUUAUAUGAUCCAAAUUACGCAUAUAGUGAUCCAAAUAAACCUGCAUCUUCCGUUGAAACUAUGAAAUCAUCGUUUCAGAAGAAAUUUGCUUUGAUAUUUAUUUGCAUUCCUGUUAGUCCUGGUAAUAGCAGACUGAUUUUGUGCUCUCCAAGAAAUUUCGGACUGUGGAUUGACAAAAUUGUACCGCGAUGGAUGUUUCAUCUGAGACUAAACUUGAUUCUAGAUUCAGAUUUAUAUCUUCUCCAUGUUGAGGAAAAAAAAAUAAUGGAUGUUGGUCAAGAAAAUUGGCAUAAGGCCUGUUUUGUGCCAACAAAAGCAGAUGCUCUUGUGAUUGGUUUUAGAAAGUGGUUGAAGAAGUAUGCAGGUGGUCAAGUUGAUUGGAGAGGAAAAUAUAGCGGCGCUCUUCCUCCUACACCUCCUAGAGAACAGCUUUUGAACAGGUACUGGAGUCAUGUGGUGAAUUGCAAGAGUUGCAGUUUGGCCUAUAAGAGCCUCCAUGUGGUGGAAGUGGCGUUGCAGAUCAUAUCAGUUGCUGCAAUUGGGAUUGUUGCCGCAGUGAAGCAGGGUGCAGUUUCAGCUGUAACAAGAAAUUCAAUGGUUGUGCUUGCGGUACUUUCAUUCGCAUUGUCGCGGUUGUUAGCUCACUUCAUAUACAAAUACUUACGUUAUCAUGACUACAACCACGCCUUUCACUGAAACAAAGCUGGUUAAUGGUUGUGUUUCCUUAGUUAAUGAUGUCCAACAUUAUUGUGUGUGUGUGUGUGUACUA